AUGACUGACAAGUCUUCUGCAUCGCGAAGACAGCCCAAAUUACGGUCUAGCUGUGACGGAUGUGGAAUGGCCAAGUUGAGAUGUGACCGUACCCAGCCAGAAUGCGGUCGUUGCGUUUCCUAUGGCUUGCCAUGUGUUUAUGGUGUGUCAUGGAGAAUGGGAAAGGCGCCUGGAGGAGGAAGGCGUACAAGCGUAACACAGGGGACAUCAUCCAGACGCCCCGGCGCUACGGACACAGAUAAGAGCGACGGUAACAACAGAAACAGCAGCAACAAUGAUGAUGGCGAUGCUGUCAUGAUGGAUCCCGGCUUAUUAUCGAGCCUCACAGACAUACCUCCAGCAUUUGAAUUGAUGGAUGGCAACACUGACGAUCUCAUCAAUAGUUAUUUGCAAGAGUCAUCUCUAUUGAAUCUCACCUCCUUUGACUUUGAUACCAAGCUUGUUGCGGAUGAUUGUAGCAAUGAUCUUAUGCCCCAUGACUUUCGGACCGGACUCGAAUACACACACGGAUCGUCUGAGCUAGGAGAGUACUCAUCUACGAGUGCUUCGACGACGCAGCCCAUUACAAUUCAAACCCAAGCCUAUAAUAAUUCACAACCAGACACCGAUUUGAAUAUACCUACAGGCAUGACAGGGCAUACCUGUUAUAUGGAUGCCUACGAGAUUCUCCGGAGCCUAUCCGUCCUCAAAGUCAGCAACUGUCACUCGGCUACUUUAUCAAAAACCACAAAAAUGGGGGAUGCAAACUGGGUACCCUUCGAUCAUGUGCUCCGUAUCAACCGCGAGACGAGUGAGCGUCUCAGCAGCCUCUUAGCUUGCUCGUGCGCUAGAUCUUCCCAUCUCACAUUACUUCAUGCUUCAAUCAUUUGCCGAGUUUUGACUUUAUAUCAGCAAGCAGCUGCAUGCACACAAGGUGGUGGUUUAUCGAACCACAUGACAAUGACUCUGGACCCAUUGUCUCACCACCAAUCUCCAACUAGGUUUUCACCCGAUCUGGUGUCUGUAUCCUUGGGGACUGGAUAUUCUACCACGUUGUCGGGUACAACAGCAUCCAUUAAUAGUACUACGAGCGGUACUACAAGGCCUACUACAUCUUCGUUGACGCAAUUGAGUAAUCUUACUGUCACACCCGCCAAGAUGGCUGUGGGUGUAUUCAAUGUUGAUGAUCAGCGCGUACAAACAGCUGUGAAUAUCCAGUUAGUGCUAGGUGAAACGAGGAGAACUGAGCGUCUCAUUGACCAGUUUACAACUCGUGACUUUGAUGGCGCUCAACGUCUCGAGGAUGACAAGACUACGUUCGAAUAA